ACCCCUUUUGUGUGUGUUUGACGCUAUCGUAACACAAAGAGCUUGGGUUGUAGUUGAGCUACAUUGCACAGACAGGGAUUAGCAUUAGCACAAGUUGUACGUUGCAGCCACGUUCACGUUAGCCGCUGCCCUCGCGGAAUGCUAUUAAAACAUUAGUUAAGACACGAUUGUGUUCGAUCACACAUUUAUUUACUAUUAUGGAAUUAAUGAUUGGCUUAAGGGUAAAAUUGUGGCUCCAAAGGUGUGUUAUUGUAAUAAUUGUGUACGAAAGCUGAAGUCCGGAACGAGCUAGCCUGCAAGCUACUAAUGCUACAUUUAUUGCUUGCUCUCAGUUAAAAAAAAUCGGUCACGACUAACGUUAACUGACAUUUUCCCAGGGGCUUUGUUUUUAUUUUUCUAAAACGGAAACGUAGUUGUCAUGCUUUUAUCAUCCAAACAGUGUCACAUCUGUCGGUCCACUUAUUAAGAGCUAUUAUCUUCAACCUUAGCUAGCUUAGCGCUGGCCGGGUUUAUCAGGAGGGAAAAAAACGUUUCUCGUGAGCCGCUCAUGUAAAAUUAGAGGGUUGUUUGCGUUAAUGGCUAAAUCGGACUGUUAACGCGGCAAUCCUAUGGUUACAGUUUUGUGUUUUGUGCGUUUUGGUGGUCUUGAUCGCGACUAAAAGGUAGCUGGCGAAGCAGCUACCGCCUUCCGCUCUUUGUGACAAAUCUUGACCCGGGCUACGCUUGACCUAUUUCGUGCAAGCUUGAACGUCCUAUCACGCAAAUACAGCAUGUUAUUAACAUUUGGAGGGGGAGAGGGCCAUAAUCCGACAUUUGUUCCAUCUUAAAUUGACUUGUGGUGGGAGAAAAUGGUGUUCAAAACGAACCACCCCUUGGCCUUGCAUGCUGAAAUCCACACGAGGUGUGUCUUACAGUAAAAUGCAGCCUUGCCCUGCUUUUGUUACACACAAAAGACUCAAGGCAUGGAACCAUGUGGGCCGAGGUGAAAGGAGGAAAUGUACUUGGAGAGGAAGUUGACUUGAGCAGCUGUGACACGAAAGGCCGCGCAACAUUCCCAUGACUCUCAGUUUUCAAUGUAUGACCUUCCAUCAGAGUUCCCCCCUCCUCCUGUAUUAAUUUCUGGUGUGUCUCUUAUUAAAGGAUGAGUAAUAAUGAAAAGGUAAGCUCCCUUGUGUGUAUUAGGUUGGCCUGAUGUCUCAACGAGAGGAGAAUCCAGGUGUGUUUUUAUAGGUGUGCUGUUGCUUGGAAUGACUUAUUCGGGGUCGUGGUAGUCCGGCGCCACCAAAGGAAUCCCAAUAAAACACACAUUUUAUGUUAAUACCAGUACAGUAUGAUAUUAACAGAUGUUUGCCAAUGAUUCCUAGGUACAGAUAGGAUGGUGAGACAGCAGUUGCACAACUGUUCACACACCAGCGUUGUCACGAGCCACUCUGUUCACGAGAUGAGACGAUAAACGAGAUUGGGUCAACGAGGCGGGAUUUUUAGAAAAGCACAAUGGAAAAAACAAUAUAUAUUGCUAUUUACUCAUUUAAUUUCUACUAUGUUGCACUCUUUGGCACUCUGUGUGUAUGCUACCGGCCCUGCCGCCACCCACCGAGCAAAGGGACUGUAUGACUGACAAAAGAGCUCACUCCGAUCAUGCCACUGUUCUGUGGAACAAACGUGCCAUGCUUGAGCCCUCUUCCUGCCUGUUUGGAGGCGAGACACGAGGGAAAACGGACACGCAUGCACACGGCGAUAUAUUGAGGCGGGCAAAAUGAUCAAGUUCAUUUUUAUUUCUUCCAUUCAUCCAUUUUCUACCCCACUUGUGUGAUUAUUUAUUUUACUUUUUUUUCCCGAGGGGUCUCGGCUUCAUCCCUCUAGGUCCCUGGUGUGCGACAGGAAGAAAAGCUCUGACUCACUUAGGGAGAAGUCAUUCGGUUUGCGUGGCUAAAUUUCUAUUAGGGAUGUCCAGAUCCAAUCUUCAGGAUCGGGACCGGCUGCCAAUACGCUGUAUUUUGAAGAUCGAAUAUCGGCUUCCGUCACAAGAUCAAGCCGAUCCGGUUGCCGUUCGUAACCACACUCCAACACGGUAGGUGCAGCAAUGCUCCUCAAAGCUGGUUGCCACUCGACUCCCGGCGUCCGCAACAAGAAGAAAACGCAACACCACCAUGGAGACAUGUCUGCGGUGUACCGUGGUGAGGUUAGUUUCAUGUUGGACAUUCGGCUCCGUAGCUACAGCGGUAGGUUCCCUUCCCUGCUGUGUCAUUGUGCGGUGAGCUCGCACGCAGUGGUGGAACUACAUGGUGGCCAUGGCCACCCUUGGUCACUCCCUGGGCACCCCACUGGCCAGCUAGACCUUUUCAGUUACCAAUUUAUUGCCACCCCUAGGGGAGUAAUGGUCUCACCUUGGCCACCACAAUGAAAAAGUUCUGGUUCCGCCACUGCUCCCACGGGAAGUGCUGUUCUAACUGCUGGUUGUUUACACUCGGGACCGUCAAUAAAUUACUAUUGCGCCGAAGAGAGUUUGUUAAAUGUCAUAUAUUCUAAAUCACACCACAGAUUGAUCUAUAACCAUGUGAAGUGGUUAUUCCUACCCUAAAAGUAUUUUUGCAUGCCCAUUUUUUCCAAUUUUAGCCUUUAUUGGAUGGGUUUUUUUUUAUUGGAUAUAUCUUUUUUUUUUUUUGUAUCUUCUCAUGUUUGUAACAAAAGCUUAUUUAAAAAAAAAAAAAAACGAUCGGACCAGCAAGACUAUAAAAAAAUCCUAUCGGAAGCCAUAAAAUGUGGAUCAGGACAUCCCUAAUUUCUAUUCCACCAAUAUAAGACUGGCCCAUCUUUUUCCAGACUUUUUUUUUAAUAGGGGAAAAGUAACGUCUAUUUCAGUCACUACGGUAAACCUCCAGUUCUGGCAUUGCGGGACAUGCGCUGCCUCCAAAGCAGGAAAUUGGCAUAUCAACUUCGUCCAACCAAACUGGAACCUGAUUAUGUUGAACAGCCUUUAUGGUACAUAGACAGAAGUGGGGAACACCUGGUGUCAUACAGUGUAUUUCCUCUUUGUGCUGUUAGGUUUUAUUUCUUACUUUCAGGUGUCUGUGUGUUUCCAAACCACUGUUACUAUUCAACGCAGUCAAACUGUUACAGGCUAGAUUCAGUGGCGCUUCCCACUAGCUUAGCCACCUGAGAGGGACAAGGCUAGCAUUCAACCCAUUCGUAACAGAAUUACCUCCAUAGAAUGGUUAGUUGCACAGUAACCGCCUGCGGAUGUCAAGAGCAACAGAUGGGAGAGAGAGAUGCAGUCAGCGGAGACUCAUGGACAAUAGUUAAAUCUACAGAUGCCUUACGAUUAAAACCUUGAACAACAAGGGGUUAUCCAAAAAAGACCGUAUCACAUCACACGGCACCAAAAAAAAAAAGGAAUCAAGGGUUUCACAAUUCUCCCAAACGAGCCCUUUCGCCCAGUGAGUUCAGACUUGGCGUUCACAUGGCCGGGUGAUCCGAUCACAAGUGUCACAAGUGGACACGUCAGCCCAAACCUCGCAUUAGAUUGCAUCUCGGCAAGAGUCUCAGGACGAAAUGUAAACUCCAACUAGUGCAUACCUUUUGAGGCUUGGCCUUUAUCUUCUGCCAAGUCUGCCCACAGUGCUGGCACUAAAGAAUUACGACACCUUGACUCGUAUUCUUGAGCUUACUAUUUGACAAUGAAGGUCAUUUGUGAUCGAUAUGUGUGCAGGGGCAGGUUGAUUUUCAAGUUGUCUUCUUGUUUGUCAAGCAGCUGUUUUGAGCUCUGUUGAAAGCGUCUAACGUGGCAUUACAUGCAGAGGGCGCAGACUACAACUUUAGCAAGCAUCAAGAGUUUAAGGCCCCCAUUCAUGGCAUACCACGCUGCUUUAUCUGAUUACAAAAAAAGUACAUGCAAUGAUGCAUUGGACAUUUAUUCCAUGUUGCAAAAGGACGGUGCCCUUUAACUCGCAAAUUCUUCCACAUCCAAAUUUCAGUAAAUCCAGUGUUUAUCCUAACCAAACUAAACCAAUGUUUGGAAUGGUGGGAGGUCUCAACCUUGGUUACCUUUCAGUUGACUUAUUCAGCCAGUCGGUGCUGCUAAUGCCAGGUGACGCUGGACCAUAACGAAGCCUUCAGUUUGUGCGCGCAGCGUGACACGCAUCUCCAAGAAAAUCCUCCAGCGCUCACGGUUGAGGCUGUGAUUGGUCGGUUUAUGUCACAUUAUUUCCUGUGUGUAUUAGACCUGCAACUAACGAUUAUUUAGUUGGUCGUUUAAUCUGACGCUUGUUGUUUCGGUUGCACGAUCAAAUCGAUGUGAACCAAAAACAAAGAGUUUGUGGUUUGGUCCGCAACAUAUCGGAAAAUGGGCAAAAAUGUCCAAAGUCAAAGCCGAUGUGUGUGAAUUGUUUUGCCGAAAACACAAAGAUAAUAGGUUGGCCUUUAUGGUCGACGAAGGAAAUAAAAAAAAAAAAAGAGGCUUUCUUUCUUUAAUUACCAUUGUUCGGUCAAGACAGGAACCUAACAAGCAGAAUAGCCGAGAGCUGCUGUUGCUCACGGAGUUGACGUCACGUCACACGCUCAACAAAGCGCUAUAAAAGCACGGCGGCCCGAGAAUGAUUUUUUGUUUAUUUAUUUUUUGCCCCAUGGCACAUUGUAGAAAUAAAAUCUAAACAAAAAAAUGUGGAAAAAUAGAGCAAAAGGCAUAAUGUAACAAAAAAGCUUGAAACAUUUAUAUUAACAACUAAUACUAGCCUUUUUACUAAAUUAAAAAUUAUUAAAGGUGGGGACUGCUUGUAAAUUCUUCAGUGUUGGCCGGAGAAAUAAACAUUAGAGAAGAGCACUUAUGUUAACACCAAGCUGUCGUCCUAAAAGUGUCUUUCAUAUUGAAAAAAAAAAAAAAUCCUAAUAAAAUAUUACAUUCUGUUCAAUGGUUGCCUUGAUGAAUUAUCACAAGCCUUGGCUUUCAAACGACUGACAAUCAGUCCGUUGUAGAAUGCUAAAGAGAUGAGCAGCGUUAACGUUAUUUCAAACCAAUGAGUGAAACGCCAUAGAGAAUGAUGCCUGUGUAGCCAUGGUCACCUUGUGUGUUUUUCAUGCACUCUUGUGUUGGUUAAUGAAUCAUGCCCUUGUUAGCACAAUGUUCGUUUACGGUUGUUGCCACAGCGCUAGUAUAGAGCAAAGGGACGGCUCAGCGCCACUGGCAGUGUCUGACAUACUGACGGCUCUUCUAGAUGUUGCUACAAAGCUACCCACUGAAACUAAAGCAGCAGGUAGGAAUAUGAUCUCGUGGCGCUCUGACGGAUUGUAUCAAUAGCUGUCAUAGCAAGCGGAAACAGUUGAUAACACCUUUCUGUGCCAAAACAUUUUAUAGCGCUAUUAGAACUGUUUGUGUGUGUAGCUGUAGGCCUUCACUGUUCCAGACAGUUUCAGAGUAACUGCAGCUCAGAAAUUACGGGCUUAUUGCACAAGAACAAGCUGUAUUUUCCCGUUGCCAAGGCAAUGUUUUACCUCACGCUAUUUUCUUCAUAUCCUUAAGGAGCUUAUUAAAUGCGUGAAAUGUGUGACGACUCGCAACAUGACCUCAAGCUCAAGUCUUAAGAUGACGGCUUUGAUAGGAGCAGCUGUUCUAAGAAUCGCAGGCUUUCUUUUCUGACUUUUCAUUAAGUGAGAGAUUUUAAUAGUUCCUAGAUGAGCAAGUUGCUCUCCACCAUGAACAUUCAGAGUAAUACCUUUGCCGUGUGAAUGUUUAGACCGCACCACGCUCUCCCCCGAUCUCUUCACAAGGGAUACCUAAAUUCCCUACAGAAGCAUUUGUUGCCACCACUGGUGUUAUUGUUGGUAUAGCAACAGGCAUCCCCUUGAUGCGGCAGUCAGAAGGCCAAGUUGGUCUCUAAAUGUCAGAAAAAUGGAUGUCGCUGUGGGGCUUGGGGCUAAGCAACCCUUCAGCAAAGAAAUGUGAACUUCAAAACAUUCUGGGGCUUUGUUGUUGUGUGCAUGCCACAAUUUUUUGGCAGUUUAGUUUUAACUUGUGGAUUUAAAGUUGAACACAACAACUCAAGUGCUUUUUCGUGACGGACAUCUGGUGUCUAAAUCAGAUUGUUUUUGGAUGUGAAAUCCCCCAAAGUCCUUCCUUUGCUCAUCUUGCUGUAGAAAUAACACCCUUUUUGAAAAUGCAACCUGAUACCCCAAUGGGGUUGCUGCAUUCUUUGGCAGAUUGCCACUUGUAAGGUGAAAAAUAAGUGAUACCGAGACGUGUCACCAUAAUCCAUUAAUCGAGUGAUUUGGAGAAAAAAAAAAGCCAGGUUGAUAAUUACGACACCCUCGAUAAAUUGACAUUUGCAUGUAUGCGCACUUCCAGCCUUCAAAAUAAGAGCACUUACUGUCUAAUUAUGUAAACAAAAUAGGAGUGUCAUGAAAAAUGUCUUACCUUAACAACGCAAUUGGAAUUACAUCGGUGACUACGCAUUACAGUUUGUUGAGGAUUUUGUAGCAACGUGUGCAGAUCCCAUUAGAAAAGUUAGCCGAGCUACAUCCGUGUCUGAAAUACUGGGCAAAAUUGGCCAAUGAUGAAUUGCAUCAAUAAAUGUAAUGAUUUUUGGACAUUUUAUUUACAGUCACAAAAGUACACACUCUGUGCUGGGAAAAUAAGGGUAAAAGGUAAAAAAAAAAAAAAAAAAACAGCAUUUUAAAAAUGAAAACUGAAAAAAACGGAAUUUUGGAAAAAAUAAAAUGGAUUUCAUAGGGCCCCGAGUAUGGGCUCUUAUGUGCUUGUAUUGUAAACAAGUUUAUUGCAUGUUAGGUCCUAAUGAAACACUGUGCCUAAAUUAUGUCAAAGUUAGCAAGUCUAGAAAUGCUGCUUUCCACGAGAUAACUUGUAGUCCUCUCAGUGUUUGCGGUCCCUCCUACGCACUAUCGGAGGCCUUUGAUCGUCACACUGGUUAUCUGCGCUGCUAAGGAGUUUGAUAAACGGGCUUUAUUGUGUGCUAGUGUGUGCAGGGAGGUGUUUGUCUUUUUGUAGAAAUGGGGGCGGUUGUGUAUUAACUUGCCUUCCUCUUUCUGAGAGACAUUUUAACAGAUUUAAGACUGCAAGAGAGCUUAAUCUGAUCUUUAAUCUGUUCUGUUGAAAAUUGGAUAGAAUGACGUCUUGCCCCCUUGCCUUCUUUAUGAUUUAAGGUGAUGGAUGAUGUAGAAAAAGAGUGCAGUUCCACCCCAAACCCAAGUUCUGGAAAUAUCGGAUGGUAAAUACUGCUUUUGAUCCACAGACGCUAUGCUGUGGGCCAAGUACACAAGGAAGUAAAACAAGGUAUGGUGGCAAGGGGUGGAUGUUCUCCAGCUCUGCAUUCCAACAUUCUUCCUCCCUUUUAAAAAUAAUUGGCUUUCUGUGUUGACUUGGGCCGUACCUAUAUGGCGUGUGUGAGCGGGGAAUUUUGCCAGGCACAGCACCUCACCACAGUGGAGAAGUGAAUCGGCAGCCCCCCGAGGGACUACGCUACCCAGAAACCUCCUUGACUGGCCAGUGCACUCGGAAACACUGACUUUGAAAAGGCCCUCCUGGGAUAUCGCGUAGUCCUUGGUCCCGACUGCCCUGCCUUGUCCCCGCCGAAGCGACGACUCUUUGCUUUCCGCUUUCUCUUUGAACAGCCAAUCACAAACAGCUCUCCUGAAUGGGCCGUCUCGCCAACAUGAACCGCCCCGCUGCAGUCGAGAUCACCUACGAGUGCAUGAGGUUCCUCAUCACCCACAAUCCCACCAAUGCCACGCUUAACAAGUUCACCGAGGUAUGUCUGCAGCUGUUUUGUUUAUAUAUGCAUCUAUUUAUGGGCGCUCUAAAAUUGCUUCGUUUUUUUUAUGCACGCCAGGAGCUAAAGAAGUUUUCCGUGCACACUUUGGUGAGGGUGUGCGAAGCCACCUACGACAAGGCUCCCGUGGAGAAGGAGGGAAUACAGGUUUUGGACUGGCCCUUUGAUGAUGGCGCCCCUCCUCCCACCCAUAUUGUGGACGACUGGCUCAAGUUGCUCAACACCAAGUUUCGAGAGGAACCUGGCUGCUGCAUCGCCGUGCACUGUGUUGCAGGGCUUGGCCGUGCUCCUGUCUUGGUGGCCUUGGCUCUCAUUGAGAGUGGGAUGAAGUACGAGGAUGCUGUGCAGUUCAUAAGGCAGAAGCGACGCGGAGCCUUCAACUCUAAACAGCUUCUUUACCUCGAGAAGUAUAGACCCAAAAUGCGUCUGCGCUUCAAGGAUCCCAACGGCCACAGCUGCUGUGUGCAGUAAAGCAGCCCACCAGCGUCUGCCUAUGCGCCACUAGCUGUGGGGGGGAACCCUAACAAGGGGAGGGUGAAAAUAAGCGAGGGGAGUGCUAUCAGUAAUUGUUGUGAUGAUUUGUAAACACUGAGUCAUGGUUAAUUGAACAGAGAACAAGCGAGUAAUAGAAUGAAUGAAUGCAGAUCACGGGGUACACCAGCUGAACCAUCGGAAGGUCAAAGCACACAGACGGGCCCACCUCCUGGUUCUACUGUCAACCACGGCCCACAAUUGUUUAACUUGAGUCCAUCCUAUUAUGUUUUUUGCUUUUUGCCCACCUCCCUCUUCAUUCAGCUAUAACCAUGGAUUAUUAUACUUCCUUUUGUGAAUUUUUAAUUUGACACAAUUGAUAUUGAGAUUUUUAUUUCCACAAAUUAUGGAUAUUAUAAUUGGAGCAGAUUAAUGUAUCUUAUAAAACAUUUUUAAACCUAUUGUGACUCUCCAUUUUGGUGUUUUUGUGGUGGUUUAUGAGGCCGCAAACAAGAAAAUGCAGUAAUUUUUCCUCUGUAAGUUUUCUCCUUUUUACUUUUUUUCCAUUUUGCUGCAAGUCACUUUCAUUUUAAGAUUUCACAGAGUCUGAAUAUGUCUGCAAUAUUUAUUCACAAGGUGAUAUGUGUCGGGGGUUGCAAGUUUGGCAGCGGGGCAGGGACACUGAUUUCCAAUCUUUUUGUUUGUCAUCCUUUUAAGAGCCAUGUCUUUUUUUCUCUCUCUCUCUUGGAGUGCAAUAAUCUGUCCACCUCAGUUAAGCCCACCAAACCCCUGUGACACCCUGCACGUGCACACACACACACCAUUACUAAUUGAGACAUUUAUACAGGAAGUAACCCACUAACCUCUGGAACAGGUACAUCUUUUCAACAGUGCAACAAUAGGACUUCCCGUCUAAUAGGCUUAUUUAAGCACACAGCCUGAAAUCCCAUCUGGAGAAGAAUGAAAAUGGUCAGUUUUUUGUUGUUCCCAUUUUGAAAACAUCCACAAUUCGUAUUGGUUCUUUAAAGAUAAAUAAAGUGGAAUAAAAAGCA